AUUGGCAUCUCUGUACCAAAACUCGAUGCUUAACUUUUGACUUAUUAUUUCUAGUAGUCUGUUUUCAUAUUUAAGAUUUUCUUCAACUUUUCUUUUGUUAGUGGAUCUCAUUUUUCUAAAGAAUAACAAAGACUCGUCAUUUUUCUUUUGGUUUUCACUUUUCAGCAUGGUCUCUUCAUCCACAUAGUUCUCUUUAAAGCUCUUUGAUAUUAAUCUUCUCUCCAAUAAUGGAUUCUUCUUGUUUCUUCCUUACCAUUAUUGCUGCUGCAAUAGGAUUCUUCUUGCUUUUUAGAAAACUCAGAUUCCAUCAAGAAGAUAACAAAGAAAAGAACUCUUCUUCUUCUUCUUCAUCAACACCAUCUUCUUUAGCUCCUUCAUCACCACCACCAUCGUCUUUGGAUCGCAUCUGGACACACCAUGUGUUUCCAAGUUUCCGAGGGGAAGAUGUCCGUAGAGACUUUCUUAGUCACAUUCAUAUGGAGUUUCAAAGAAUGGGAAUCACACCAUUCAUUGAUAAUGAGAUCGAGAGAGGACAAUCCAUCGGUCCCGAACUCAUUCGAGCAAUUAGAGAAUCCAAGAUCGCAAUUAUCUUGCUGUCAAGAAACUACGCUUCUUCGAGCUGGUGUCUUGACGAAUUGGCGGAGAUUAUGAAGUGCAGGGAAGAAUUGGGUCAAACAGUUUUGGCUGUUUUCUAUAAAGUGGAUCCAUCUGAUGUAAAGAAGCUGACCGGAGAUUUUGGAAAAGUCUUCAAAAAAACAUGUGCCGGUAAAACAAAAGAGCACGUUGGGAGAUGGAGACAAGCUUUGGCAAAUGUCGCCACAAUCGCCGGUUACCAUUCGACCAACUGGGAUAAUGAAGCUACCAUGAUUAGAAAUAUCGCUACUGAUAUAUCCAACAAGUUGAAUAAUUCUGCCUCAUCAAGUGAUUUUGAUGGGUUGGUUGGGAUGACUGCUCAUUUGAAGAAGAUGGAACCAUUGUUAUGCCUAGACUCAGAUGAAGUGAGGAUGAUUGGGAUUUGGGGUCCUUCUGGGAUUGGGAAGACGACCAUCGCCAGAGUUGUAUACAACAAACUCUCUAGCAGUUUUCAACUGAGUGUCUUUAUGGAAUCUAUCGAAGCAAAAUAUACAAGACCAUGUUCCGAUGACUAUAGUGCCAAGUUGCAGUUACAACAGCAGUUUAUGUCUCAAAUAACCAACCAGAGUGGUAUGAAGAUUUCUCAUUUAGGUGUUGUUCAAGAUAGGCUAAAAGACAAGAAAGUUCUUGUUGUUCUUGAUGGUGUGGACAAGUCAAUGCAACUAGACGCCAUGGCAAAAGAAACUUGGUGGUUUGGUCCUGGGAGUCAGAUUAUCAUCACAGCACAAGAUCGAAAGAUUUUUAGGGAACAUGGGAUUAACCAUAUAUACAAGGUGGGUUUUCCAUCAACUGAUGAGGCCCUUCAAAUCUUGUGCACAUAUGCUUUUGGUCAAAAAUCCCCUAAACAUGGUUUUGAAGAACUUGCUUGGGAAGUUACACAUCUUGCUGGUGAACUCCCUUUGGGUUUAAGGGUUAUGGGCUCUUAUUUUCGGGGAAUGUCUAAGCUGGAGUGGACGAAAGCACUACCAAGGUUAAGGAGUAGCCUUGACGCUGAUAUUCUUAGCAUUUUGAAGUUCAGCUAUGAUGCCUUAGAUGACGAAGACAAAUAUUUGUUUCUUCAUAUAGCUUGCUUCUUCAAUUAUAAAAGGAUUGGGAGAGUGGAAGAGUAUCUUGCAGAGACGUUCUUGGAUGUGAGUCAUCGGCUUAAUGGCUUAGCUGAAAAAUCGCUCAUAUCUAUGAACGACGGAGUGAUAAUCAUGCAUGAUCUGCUAGUCAAACUAGGUAUAGACAUUGUCCGUAAACAGUCUCUUCGUGAGCCUGGACAACGACUAUUUUUGGUUGAUGCACGAGAAAUUUGUGAAGUACUCAAUCUUGAUGCGAAUGGCAGUAGAAGUGUUAUAGGUAUAAAUUACAACUUUGGUGGGAAUAGGAUCAAGGAAAAGUUACAUCUAAGUGAGAGAGCCUUUCAAGGAAUGUCUAAUCUCCAAUUCUUAAGAGUCAAAGGGAAUAACAAUACAAUACAUCUACCGCACGGUUUAGAGUAUAUAUCUCGUAAACUUCGAUUACUGGACUGGACUUAUUUUCCGAUGACAUGUUUGCCUCCUAUUUUCAACACGGACUUCCUUGUUGAACUAGACAUGCGUUGCAGCAAACUUGAGAAGUUGUGGGAAGGAAUUAAACCGCUUCCAAAUCUCAAGCGGAUGGAUUUGAGUUCGUCUCUCCUCUUAAAGGAGCUUCCUGAUCUCUCAACUGCCACCAAUCUUCGGACAUUGAAUCUUCGUUAUUGCUCAAGUCUGAUGAAUCUCCCUUCCUCUAUUGGGAAUGCCACUAAUCUCGAGUUAUUAUAUCUCGGUGGAUGCUCAAGUCUGGUGGAGCUCCCUUCCUCUAUUGGGAAUCUCAUCAAUCUAAAAGAAUUGGAUCUUAGCAGUUUAUCAUGUCUAGUGGAGCUCCCUUUCUCGAUUGGGAAUCUCAUCAAUCUAAAAGUAUUGAAUCUUAGCAGUUUAUCAUGUCUAGUGGAGCUCCCUUUCUCGAUUGGAAAUGCCACCAACCUUGAGGUUUUAAACCUUCGCCAAUGCUCAAAUCUGGUAAAGCUCCCUUUCUCGAUUGGAAACCUUCAGAAGUUGCAGACUUUGAACUUACGAGGAUGCUCUAAGCUAGAGGUUCUUCCGGCCAACAUCAAAUUGGGAUCUCUCUGGUCACUUGAUCUCACUGAUUGCAUACUGUUGAAAAGGUUUCCUGAGAUCUCCACAAACGUUGGAUUUAUCUGGCUCAUAGGAACCACAAUAGAAGAAGUCCCUUCAUCAAUCAAAUCAUGGUCUCGUCCCAAUGAGGUGCAUAUGUCAUACAGUGAAAAUCUCAAGAACUUUCCUCAUGCUUUUGACAUCAUCACACGGCUGCAAGUGACCAAUACAGAAAUACAAGAGGUUCCCCCAUGGGUCAACAAAUUCUCUCGUUUAACAGUACUCAAACUCAAGGGAUGCAAAAAGCUGGUAUCACUCCCACAGAUUCCAGAUUCCAUCUCUGACAUAGAUGCAGAAGAUUGUGAGUCCCUGGAGAGACUAGAUUGCUCCUUUCACAAUCCAAAUAUUUGGCUCAAAUUUGCUAAGUGCUUCAAACUGAAUCAAGAAGCCAGAGACCUCAUCAUCCAGACACCAACUAGUAAAUCUGCGGUCUUACCCGGCAGAGAAGUGCCUGCAUACUUCACUCACCAAUCUACUACUGGAGGUUCCUUGACAAUCAAGCUGAACGAGAAGCCUCUUCCUACAUCCAUGCGGUUUAAGGCUUGCAUUUUGCUGGUUCAUAAAGGUGACAAUGAGGAAAACUGGAUGGAUAAAAAUGACUGCUAUGUUUUUUGUAAAAAAAGUAGGCAACAUUUAUAUCCAGUUUUAGAAGAGCAUGUGUACGUAUUUGAAGUCGAAGCAGAUGUGACUUCCAGCGAGCUUGUCUUUGAGUUCAAGAUCAGGAGUAAGAAUUGGAAGAUAAAAGAAUGUGGGGUAUUUCACUCUCGGAGCUUCCUUGAUGAAUCUUCAGGCUGUCACCAACGUACACUGCAAGAAACUUUUUUUGUCACCAACGGAUGGAACUUUUUUUGUCACAGGUCUUAUGCUCGUUGUUGCCGCCAAAAAAAACUUCUAACUCUAACCCAAAGACAUUGGUGUUUGAAAGUCUUGCUUUUUUAAAACUUAUAUUGAGUUCUUUUAUUGCCUUUGUUGAUGAUGUGAAGAUGUUUUUGUUCUUUUUGGGAUGUGUUUAGAUCAAACGAAAGACUUGAAACUUCUCUUAGAUCUUUGAAAUCUGUAGUCUAAGAGCAUGGAACAGACAUGAACAGAGAGUUUCACAUGGUUCCGUCCGUUUUCUACCAAAUUCUGAUUUGAAGAGUGCAUUCAUCGAACCAAGCGGUGGCAUCGUUAUCCUACAAGGAGGGAGGGUAUGGCAAAGAAGGUGUAAAAGUGAGGCCUUGCGUUUUACUACGUCGUGUUCUCAACAUUAGUUUUGUGAAAAUUUUUGCAUUUAACCCUCAGAUUGUGAAACAUUAUCUUUGCUACAUAAGUUCAAUAUUAACGGAAAUGCUUCAUC